AGAACAGUUUAUUUGCGAUGAAUGGCAACUAUGACGUUUAUUGUGGCGAUUGAGCCUACCUUUCAGCAGUCGUUGAACGAAACACCAACAGUUUCUACAAGAUGGCGUCUUACGAACAGCAGUACAGCUAACACAAGCAUUGAAUGGAUUGGUCAGGUUGAAAACGGUAUCGUGUGAAGUGAAGAGAAGAGAAGUGGGUUUUUUCACGCCAUCGAAUUCCGCAACGGGUAGUGCAUAGUGAUUAUUUGACCCGUCGGAAAUUAUUGAUUCGCAUUGCAACCGUUUGUAAUAGACGAAUGUAGUGUUCGUGCAUCGUAAGAAAUAGUUAAAAUAUGAAUGAAUCCCGGUUUUUGAAUGAAAUUUCGGAAUAAAAAUUGUAAAUUUCACAUGGAAAGUGUUUUUCAUACAGCUCGAAAGUAGAUCAGUUCUCGUUGGUGUUGGUGUGUGUAGUAGUGUUGUUAUUCAUUAAACGCCACUUGAAUUACUGUGUGUGUAACAUUGCAAAUGUUGACAGACGAGUGUCAACGCAGAAUGGCAGACAAAGCGUAUGCAGUGCAGUGACGCGCUUUUACACACGAUUUUCAGAAUGGGAAUGUCCGGAUUGCAAAUUUUGUUUCCUUAUUGAAAAUUGUUACAGAUUUGAAGUGGAUGUUUAUGCAAUUGACAAGAGUGAAGUGUAAUUGAACGAGGAGUUUGAAUGAUCCAUGAGCGAUGAGAGGAGCGCAGUGAUUGAAAAAUCUCUGAUUGACUACAGUGUAGCAAUAAAGCAUCAAUUUUGUGGGAAACUCCCGCUAGCAGAAUGGCAUAUUAUCAAAUAGUACCAACAGACGAUCUGAAAAACUUGUACACACAGCUCAAUAUUGAAAAUGGAGGAAUACAGCUUGUGAUGGGAGAUGAUGUCCAGUUUGGCUCACAACAGGUGAUACUGACUCCGGAACAAUCCGAUUUGAUAUUGAAUGAAAACAAUCAACACCAGUUGCCACAAAUUGUCUAUCAGACUCAGCCGCAACAAACACAGCCUUCGCCGGCGCAACCACCGCGGCCACAACAGCAGCAACAUGAAACUCACUAUUUAAUACAGCAAGACGAUGGAGCGUUAACGGAGGCGUUUGGACAGCCCAGUCAAGCUCAACAUAUCUACUAUUCAGAAGUUCAAAACGACAAUUCACAGAUGAUUCCAACUAAUUUAGUUCACGAACAACCGCAGCAAUCCACACUGCAUACUAUGCAGACGGCUGCGGAACAGAUGCAACAGCAACAACAACACCAAGUAUUGCAAGUCGUUCAUGGUGUUCCUCGCCCUGGUCAGCAGAUAAUUCUGAGACAACAGCCUUCUGAAUCAAACAAGCAACAACAGUCGCAGCAGCAAAUUUCAAUUCAGCAAUCGCCGCAGCAUAUAUUAACUCACCAACAACCGACACAAGUAAUUUUACAACAUCAGCCUGGACACCAAAUAGUUCAUCGACAGCAACAGCCGCAACAGCAGCAAACUCAACAUCAAAUAAUUUACGAGCAUGUUCAGCCACAAGGCAACACGGUUCAGCAAAACAUUCAGUUGACUUCGCAAUUGGUGCAUCAAUCCAAUGCUGCUCAGCAAGUUUCCCAAAUGCAGCAGGCACAGCAACCAACUCAACGCGUUAGUAUCCAGAAAAUUACACCUCAACAACAUCAGCAAUUUAUACAGCAACAACUGCAUCAUCAACAACUCUCGCAACAGCAGGUAAUUCAGCAGCCAGCGCCAAUGUUGCAACAACAACCCGGUAUUCGUCCCUGUUUAAUCAUAACCAAACCUCAGAAUCCGCAGGUGCAACAAAAUACAGCAGUAUCAGUUGCCCAACAACAACAGCAGCAAUCGCAAAUACAACAACCACAAACCGGUGCCCGUGCUCGUAAUUAUCGUCCUCGUCCUCCUAAAAUUAAUACCUCACGACCACGUGCUAAUGUUCCUGUUACAUCCGUAGCAUCAAAUCAACUCGUUCGGCCCACGAAAGCAUCAAAUCAGACAGCGAAAAUCGCUCAGCCUCCGGUCAUUCGUCAGCCAGGAGUAGUCCAACAGCAGCAAGCUGCUGGUGCUCCCCGGGCCAACAUCAUAUUGACCAGUGCCGGUCAAAAAAUCGUAACACUCACUAAUCGUGCUCCGCAGCUAGUGCCGACUUCGUUUUCUACUGCAAAGGGAUCCCCUGUCAAGCGAGUUCUAGCGACAUCCUCGGCUUCACAGACGCCUCAACUAGCUCAGGCUUCACAGGCACAACAACAACAACAACAACAACAGCAACAACAACAACAGCAGCAGCUUUCAACCGACAAUUCAUCGCAACAACAGCAACCAACUUCACAACAAACUCAAAAAUCUUCCAGUUAUAAUAAUGAUUUGGAAGAUCUCGAGGACAGCAUUCAAGCAGCCGUUGUUGCCAAAGCCCCACCAAAUUCUACAAUUACAGGGUCUCCCCAAUCUACCACGAUAGACCAGCCAGUAAUAUAUCAGCAAGCACCCGGACCAUCAAUCCAACAGCCACAACAACAGGCAACGCAACCACCGGCUACUCAAAUAGUUCAGCAACCUUCUCAACAGAUUAUUCAGCAGCCUUCUUCACAACCACAACAGCAACCUUCGUCACUCUUCGACGAUCCUAACAGCAUCAUUCAGCUAGGAAACGGCCAAACUAUGACCGCUGCUCAAUUUCGUUCCUUCCAAGAAAAGCAACAAUUGCGUCAACAGGAAAAUCUACGUGGAGGUUUCGCUCAGCGUGGUCGUGGUGUUGUGACUGCUCGUGGCAUGGUCAUACGAAAGUCUGUUCCACUGAAUCGUCAACAGCUUGCUCUACAGCAACAGCAACAACAACAGCAGCAGCCACAACAACAACAACAAAAUGCACAAAUGCAACUAACGCAGUCGCAACAUCACCUUAUUCAGCAACAACAGCAGCAACAGAUGGUUCAGCCGCAGCAGCCACCCCCUCCACCACCACCGCCAGAACCGGAACCAAGAGAGAGUGCCAAAAUGUUGGUUAUUCUGCAGAGUGGCGAACAACGUUUAAUUACGUUUACUCUACCAAAGGAAAGUUGCACCGUACAGGAGUUGUUAGAGCAGGUCGGUGUGCAAUUCUCGCCCGAUAGCAACAUUCAGUGUAUCUCAAAUCCUGGCGGGGAUAUUGAUUAUAUUGUUACCGUCGGUGUUACCAUGCAAGAAACUAGCGAGUAUCUCAAGGCGGCGGAAAAUACGAUAAAAAGCCAGCAGCAGCAAUUACAGCAACAAGCGCAAUUGGCUCAACAACAACAACAACAACAGCAAAUGGCUCAACAGCAGCAGCAGAUGGCACAGCAGCAACAACAACAACAACAGCAAUCGCAUCAGCAACAGUUGCACCAAUCGCAACCUAUGCAUCAUCAAUCUCCGAUGUCUGUGCCGCCGCAGCAAAUGCAGCAGACACCAUCGAUUCAUCAGCAAUCUCGUUUCAACGAUUCAUUCCGGGCGACUAUGACCCCUUCAACUCCUGCUCCGUUGGUACAAACACCGCAGCAUGCCGUUCCCGCUGUCGAAACUUCAAAAUCGAAUCUCGAUCAAUCCGAUUGCAAGAAAGAGCCUCCUGUGAAAAUCGUUAAAGGUUUUUUGGCAGUAUGUCAAACUUGCGGCUAUACCGGGCUUGAUCAUGCAAAGUGUCAACGGUGUAAACGCAUUUUCACCGAAGUACCCCGUCGAGUACCAGAGCCAGAUAAACCGUUGGCAUCGCCACAUCCACCACCACUCGUUCCGACGGCAGCGUCAACGCCGAUUAAUACCAAGGUUUUCCUGACCAAUGAUAAAUCCGCUCCUGUAAGCAUAGAACGCGAUCCAACUGUUAAUGUGAAGGGGAUUAGUCUGCAAAAAAAGUCGUCACAAACAUCACUCGGAAGCAUGCUAUCGAUUCGAGGUAUGAACAGGGGGGCAUCUGCAGCCAAUCGCGGCGGACGAGGUGGUCGUGCGAGAGGAGCUGGCUCCAAAUAUCAGGAUGUUGAACCUGUCGUCUUUACACUGAGCAGCGAUGACGAAGACCAUGAGCAUGGUGAUAAGUCCAAAACUGAAAGCAAGUCGAUGUCGAUAAGCGGCUCUCAGAAGCCUCCUGUUUCGAUGAAUGUUGAAAAGCGGGAGCCACUCAAAUGUGAACCAAUAAUAGCAGAAACUGAUGGAAUUGAGAACCCAACUCGUUUAGAUGUAACUGACAUCGAAAAUAGACCAGACGGUCUUAUUACACAUCUGGAAUGCCGCACUAUUCGCAUCGGGACGCUCAAGUACGACACAUCCGAGAAGGUAACAAUAUCUUCUCGAGGGGUACGCAUCAUUGCACCGAAUGUGAGGCGGGUAAAUUUCAACUGUACACUGGAUCUACAGUUUUAUGAAAUUGUCAAGGCAGUAGUUCAUUUUUCAAAAACUUUGAAUGUGAUGUUUUUAUAUAUGCUGCCAUCGUGUGGUGCGUAUAUUCGCAAUGAAUUGGAAAUGGAAGGGGAUGGUAAACUACCUUACUUUAAUCCGGUGAGUCGUCAGGAUGACAGUCAUCGUCGCAUCACACUGGUGAUGGACCGAAUUUCGGAGGAGUCCAAAUCGAUUGUGAAGAGUAUCUUAUCAUCAGAUAAGCUCGAGGAAAUUUCCGUUCGAGAUGCUAAUGAACUUCUGCAGCGAUCUUGUGGAGGAAAUAAGGGAUCGGAGAACAGUCCAAACAAUGCUAGCGGGAACUCUGGUGAUUUAGCGGAGAUUAGAAAAAUUCUUAUAUAUCCGCAAGGCAAGGGCGGAAUUUCGAUAAACACAGAAGACUACAUGUGUCUGGCGAUUGACCAGUAUUUGAAUGAUAUAAUAAUCGAUUUUUAUCUGAACUAUCUCAAGCUGGAGUUACUGAAGGAUGAAGAACGCAGAAGUGUUCAUAUAUUUAGUACAUUUUUCUAUAAACGCUUGACUACGAUUGGUACACGACACAAGGGUCAGGAAAAGGAUCAAAAACUGAGUGCAUCGCAGAAGAGACAUGCACGGGUUGCUAGUUGGACUAAGAAAGAAAAUAUUUUCGAAAAACAAUUUGUUGUUAUUCCUAUUAAUGAGCAGUCUCAUUGGUUCCUAGCCAUUAUAUGCUUCCCGGGGCUUGAGAUGCCAGUUUCGAUUAAUAGUAACACACCAACGCCUAUCAAGCGGAAAAAAGUAGCACAGAAAAGUAAAAACUUGACACUUCAAAUAGGGAACACCACGAUCACGCCUGUUUCAAAACGUGAUUUGGAAUCGAUCAAUCUCGGUGAUGAUGACAUGAGUGAACGGGACGAGGCAGAGGGCGAUGACAGUGAAUUGGCUAGUGAUAUUGAAGAGACAGAUGAAGAGCCCAACGAGGGCAAACAACCGGUCAAGCAACCUAUUAUUUUGAUAUUCGAUUCAUUGACUGGAGCAUCGCGAAGUCGAGUCGUUGCCACAUUACGGGACUAUUUGACCUGCGAGUACAAAAGCAAGAUGCCAAACAAACCGCCCAAAGUAUUCAACAAAAACAACAUGCCCGGCCAUUGUGUUAAGGUGCCACAGCAAAACAACUUCACUGAUUGUGGGCUGUAUUUGUUGCAAUACGUUGAACAUUUCUUUUUGGAUCCCAUCAAAGACUAUCGCAUACCAAUUAAAUUACAAGAUUGGUUCGACACAAUCACUGUGACGAAAAAACGUGAGGACAUUUCAAAUCUUUUGAAAGAACUUAUAAAAAAGCACAAUCCCAAUGUGUUACCGCUUCCCGAAAUUAAAUUUCCUACAUUGAACGGUAAGCUGAUUGUCGAUCCCGAUGAUAGCUUUAAUGAUGCUGAAUUUGAGGAAGAGGAAAUGGAAGACGAGGAGUACUUACCUGGAACAGAAUCAUCCGGUAACGAACGUGUGGCGGAGGAAGAAUCGAGUAAAGUGGUAUCAACUGUAGUACACAAAAAGACGAUAAAACUCAAACGAUUCAACUCCUCGGGAGCACCAGUUCCAACGGUUACAACGCCGACUUUGGCAGCCGUUUCAAGCGGACAGUCGCUUCUGGCGACAUCCCAGAAAAGGCCACUGGACAGCAGUGGUGGCAAAACGAGCCAAGACUGUAGUAUAAGGCCCAAGGCACCUAAGAUCAGUGAUAGCCCUACUAAAAUAGUUACUACACAAAAUUAGAGAUUGCGUAAUCAUCGACAGAGCUUCGAAAGGUUCCGUUACUAAUCAGAGUUGAAGCAGGUCUGGCAACGUCAGUGAUGUUGAUAAUUGUAAAAAAAAAGGAACUGAAAAAAGCUGGCUGCGAACUAUUUCGACACGCAUGAUUAUUCUUUCCGUUUUAGACGAUAUUUUUUAAGGUUAUAGUAUACCUAAUGAUUGAUGAGCAAUGAACAAGAGAAAACACAUUUUCGUGUUCUAGUGACAAAAGCAGGUUCAAUGUUUGUUUAGCUAGAUGUAUAUUUUGAAUUUUUUUACUCGGAAAUACAUUACAAAACAUUCAAACAA